UUGGAAAAGCAAACAAAUUAGAGUUGAAAAAGACGAAGUAAUUGAAGCCAAAAAUGAAUAUGAAGCGCUCAUAUGUCAUCAAGAAUUGGUCAAAACAAAUUAUGAAAUCCAUAACUCUAAUAGAAAUCAUUAUGAGAAAGGAAAUGGAGUAGAAGUUAAAAAGAAAGUUGAAGUGGAUCUCCAAAUACCUGUCGAAGUGGAUCACACUGGUGAAAACAAUGAAAUUAGAGUUAAAAGGGAUAAUUAUAAAGCAGAGAAUAAAGAAUCAGCAGAAAAUGAAAGACUUAAAAGAUUCACUGAUAACGAUGCCCUAAACUAUGCCUGUGAAAUAUGGAUAAAGAAG